GCGCAGACAGCGUAGAUUAUUUAGCGUAGCUGAGGCCCAGGUAACGGAAGUGGUCCCCCGUGGACGAUUAGCCACAAACCGGGACAACGAGCCUUGGUGGAAGCGGAGAUAUCCACGGAGGCGCUUUAGAUAUUUUUAUUCGGGACAAUCAGAAGGAAUUAACUCCACGGUUUGUGCAGAGCUACAGGAUUCAGUUGGACUGCUACCGUAUGACUCAUGCUGACAGGUCGGUUUCUACCUAAAUGAAGAAAAGCAGCGGGAGUCGAUGAACAGAAAUGUUAUCAUGAAGUCCACAUUAAACGUUCUCUUCUCAUCGACAAACUCAGCUGAUACCUUAAUCUUCAGUAAAGAGAAAAAGAGGAAAUGAGUUAAGUGGACGUCUGGAGGAGCGCACCCCCUUCACCUCCACCUCCAGCUCAGCUUAGUGAAGCAUGGCAGGCCUGCAGCUCGUCACCCCUGCUACUUCACCCAUGGGGCCCUUCUUCGGUCUGCCGUGGCAGCAGGAGGCCAUCCAUGACAACAUCUACACGCCCAGGAAAUAUCAGGUUGAACUUCUCGAAGCAGCUCUUGAACGCAACACUAUCGUCUGCUUGAACACGGACUCAGGGAAGACCUUCAUUGCAGUACUUCUAACUAAAGAGCUCUCCCACCAAAUCCGAGGGAGCUACCAGGAAAAUGCCAAAAGGACAGUUUUCCUGGUGAAUUCAGUGUCAUCUGUAAUUCAACAAGCGGCAGCGGUCAGGACUCACUCAGACCUCCAGGUGGGAGAGUACACAGACUGGAAGGAGGCGUCAGCUUGGUCGGAUCAAAGAUGGAGUCAGGAAAUAUCCACAAAUCAGGUGCUGGUGAUGAUGUGCAACAUCUUCCUCCAUGUUCUGAAGAGUCGGCUCUUACCUCUGUCUAAAAUCAACCUAGUGGUGUUUGAUGAUUGCCACCUGGCAAUCACAGAGCACCCGUACCGUGACAUCAUGAAAUUUUUCGAAGAGUGCACUAGUGGGCCGCGUAUACUGGGCCUCACCGCUUCCAUCCUCAACGGGAAAUGUGACCCGUCGGAUUUGGAGCAGAAGAUCCAGAAUCUGGAGAGAAUCCUGAAAAGCAAUGCUGAAACGGCCACCGACUUGGUGGUCCUGGACAGGUACACCUCUCAGCCGAGGGAGGUGGUGCUGGACUGUGGUCCCUACGUGGACAAGAGCGGCCUUUCAUCCCGUUUGCAGGCAGAGCUGGAUGAAGCUCUCCUCUUCCUCAACGACUGUAACAUCCAUGUUUCCAGGGAGGACAGAGAUCCCACCUUUAUAUCCAAACAGAUCCUGAGCGAUUGCCGGGCUGUGCUGCUGGUUCUUGGUCCCUGGUGUGCAGAUAAGGCUGCGGGUAUAAUGGUGCGGGAGCUGCAGAAGUACAUCAAACACGAGCAGGAAGAACUCAAUAGAAAGUUCCUGCUCUUUACCGACACCAUCCUGCGUAAGGUGCACGCUCUCUGCGAGGAGCACUUCUCCCCCGCCUCCCUGGACCUGAAGUUCGUCACGCCGAAGGUCCUGCGGCUGCUGGAGAUCCUGCAUGAGUAUAAGCCACUGGAGCGACAGCAGUUCGAGAGCGUUGAGUGGUACAACAACCGCAACCAGGACAACUACGUAUCGUGGAGCGACUCGGAGGACGAAGACGAGGACGAGGAGGUGGAGGCCAAAGAAAGGCCCGAGGCUAACUUUCCUUCUCCGUUCACCAACAUCCUGUGCGGGAUCAUCUUUGUGGAGAGGCGCUACACAGCUGUGGUUCUGAACCGUCUGAUCAAAGAAGCAGGGAAGCAGGACCCAGAGCUGGCCUACAUCAGCAGCAACUUCAUCACCGGCCACAGCAUCGGCAAGAACCAGCUGAGGAACAAGCAGAUGGAGGUGGAGUUCAGGAAGCAGGAGGAGGUUCUCCGAAAGUUCAGGGCUCAUGAGACCAACCUGCUGAUUGCCACCAGCAUCGUGGAAGAAGGUGUAGAUAUUCCAAAGUGCAACCUGGUGGUCCGCUUCGACCUGCCCACAGAGUACAGGUCCUAUGUUCAGUCCAAGGGUAGAGCCCGGGCCCCCGUCUCCAACUACAUCAUGUUGGCUGAUUCUGAGCGGACCAAGAGCUUCGAAGAAGAUCUGACCACCUACAAGGCCAUCGAGAAGAUCCUGAGGAAUAAAUGCUCUAAAUCCGUGGAGGUUGGAGAGUUUGAAGCGGAGCAGAGUAUGGAUGAUGAUAACCUCCUCCCUCCGUAUGUCCUGCGUUCUGAGGAUGGAGGUCCACGCGUCACCAUCAACACUGCCAUCGGGCACAUUAACAGGUAUUGUGCUCGGCUGCCCAGUGACCCGUUCACGCACCUCGCUCCCAAAUGUAAAACCGUGGAGACAAGAGAUGGACGCUUUCAGUCUACGCUCUUCUUACCCAUAAACUCUCCUCUGAGAGUUCCAGUCAAGGGUCCCGUCAUGAACUGCGCCCGUCUGUCUGAGAAAGCUGUUGCUCUGCUCUGCUGUGAAAAACUCCAUAAAAUAGGCGAGCUGGACGACCACCUGAUGCCUGUGGGGAAGGAGACGGUGAAGUACGAGGAGGAGCUUGACCUCCACGACGAGGAGGAGACCAAUGUCCCGGGUCGGCCCGGCUCCACCAAAAGGAGGCAGUGCUACCCUAAAGCCAUACCAGAAUGUCUGCAAGACAGCUACGCCCUGCCGGAGCAGACCUACUUCCUGUAUGUGAUUGGGAUGGUCCUCACCACGCCGCUCCCCGAUGAGCUGAACUUCCGUAGGAGGAAGCUGUACCCCCCCGAGGACACCACUCGAUGCUUCGGCAUCCUGACAGCCAAACCGAUACCCCGAAUCCCCCAUUUCCCGGUGUACACGCGCUCUGGGGAGGUGACCAUCUCCAUCGAGCUGCAGAAGUCGGGCUUCACACUCAGCUCGGCCCAGCUGGACCUCAUCACCCGCAUGCAUCAGUACAUCUUCUCUCACAUCCUCCGUCUAGAGAAACCUGCACUUGAGUUCAAGCCAACGUUGGCGGACUCGGCUUAUUGCGUUCUACCUCUGAAUGUCGUUGGAGACUCUGACACUCUUGAUAUGGACUUUAUGUUCAUGGAAGACAUUGAGAAGUCAGAGGCCCGAACAGGCAUUCCUACCACUAAGUACACCAAGCAGAACCCCUUCAUCUUCAAGCUGGAGGACUACCAGGAUGCUGUGAUCAUUCCAAGGUAUCGAAACUUCGACCAGCCUCAUCGUUUCUACGUCGCUGACGUCUACACAGACCUGACGCCGCUCAGCAAGUUCCCAUCGCCGGAGUAUGAGACCUUCGCAGAGUACUACAAAACCAAGUACAACCUGGACCUGUCCAACCUGAACCAGCCGCUGCUGGAUGUAGACCACACCUCUUCAAGACUGAACCUGUUGACGCCUCGACACCUGAACCAGAAGGGGAAAGCUUUGCCUCUGAGCAGUGCGGAGAAGAGGAAGGCCAAAUGGGAGAGUCUGCAGAACAAACAGAUUCUGGUUCCGGAGCUGUGUGCCAUCCAUCCUAUUCCGGCCUCCCUGUGGAGGAAAGCUGUGUGUCUGCCCAGCAUCCUGUACCGCCUCCACUGCCUGCUGACGGCCGAGGAGCUGCGGGCUCAGACUGCCACCGAGGCUGGAGUGGGGGUGAAGACCCUCCCCCCUGACUUCAGGUAUCCAAACCUGGACUUUGGCUGGAAGAGAUCCAUUGACAUAAAAGCUCUUAGCCCCUGUCCCGAAUCCUGCAGCGAAGAGGCUGAAUGUAAGCACCAAAAUCUCACUUUCUUAGCACUUCCCAGCAGUCACCAGGGGCCACUCCUGGCCCCUGCAGACGGGCCCUGCACUGGGAACCUAACAAAUGGCACUACCGUGAUCAAUGACGGCCACAGAGACGAGCACCUUCAACAACUUGACAGUUGCCAAGGCUGCGACGGCAGCUCUGAAUGGAAACACGACGCUACCUCAGUUCCUGCGCAGGCCCCCCUCAGCUCAAGUCCUCCUCAGCCCAGCCAUGAAUGUACCUCCGGGAGGACCUCGCACCACAUUAAUGAAGCUACCUCAGACUGCACUCGUACAGCACCUUCCCCUGACCUAACCGCCGGGCCCCAGGCUGUGGACUCCCCAAGGAACCUGGGCCCCAACCCUGGCCUCAUCUUGCAGGCCUUGACUCUGUCCAACGCCAGCGACGGCUUCAACCUGGAACGGCUCGAGAUGCUCGGGGAUUCCUUCCUGAAGCACGCCAUCACCACCUACCUGUUCUGCACCUACCCUGACGCGCACGAAGGGAGACUCAGCUAUAUGCGCAGCAAAAAGGUGAGCAACUGUAACCUUUACCGUCUGGGGAAGAAGAAGGGGCUUCCCAGCAGGAUGGUGGUGUCCAUCUUUGACCCUCCUGUGAAUUGGCUGCCUCCUGGAUACGUGGUGAACCAGGACAAAAGCAGCUCAGACCGAGUGGACUCUGAGGAGGCGAGAGAGGAGCUGGUUUCCAACGGUAGAUCUGGAAACGACUUUGAUGAUGAGGAUCGGGACGACGAGGGUGAGGAUGUGGAUGAAGAUGAGCUGAUGUUGAAGGAUGAACCAAAGGAUGACGUCAACAUGGAGGAUGACCUGGAAUACUACAAGGAGCACAUCCGUUUCAUUGACAACAUGCUCCUGGGGUCCGGGGCGUUUGGAAAGAAGAUCUCCCUCAGCAGCUUCGGCCCCCCCACAAGCCCAGCUCCAGGCUCCUCCCCUUCCAUGGACUCCUCCUAUGAUUGGAAGGCCCCCAAGAAGCCCGCCCCUCACUCCCACUGUGGUUCAGCGGCCGAGGAGUUUGACUACAGUUCGUGGGAUGCCAUGUGCUACCUGGACCCCAGCAAGGCGGGCGAAGAGGACGACUUUGUGGUGGGGUUCUGGAAUCCAUCGGAGGAGAACUGCGGCACGGAGCUGGGAAAGCAGUCCAUCUCCUACGAUCUGCACACAGAGCAGUGUAUCGCAGACAAGAGCAUCGCCGACUGUGUGGAGGCUCUGCUUGGCUGCUACCUGACGAGUUGUGGGGAGAGGGCCGCCCAGAUGUUCCUCUGCUCGCUGGGCCUCAAGGUGCUGCCGGUGCAGAGGGGCUCUCACACGGCAGCGGUGGUGCCACGAGUUCUGACCUCAGCCGUGGAGCUGAUGUACGGCUGGUUAAAGAUCCCGCCUCGCUGCAUGUUGUCCCACCCUGACGCAGAGCGGACGCUGCAGCACCUCAUCUCGGGCUUUGAAAACUUUGAAAAAAAGAUCAACUACACAUUUCAGAACAAGGCGUACCUGCUGCAGGCCUUCACCCACGCCUCGUACCACUAUAACACCAUCACAGAUUGUUACCAGCGGCUGGAAUUUCUGGGCGACGCGAUUUUAGACUACCUCAUAACGAAGCACCUUUAUGAAGACCCGCGGCAACACUCGCCCGGAGUGCUGACCGACCUGCGCUCGGCGCUCGUCAACAACACCAUCUUCGCCUCGCUCGCCGUGAAAUACGACUAUCACAAGUUCUUCAAGGCCAUCUCUCCAGAGCUGUUCCACGUCAUCGACGACUUUGUGCAGUUCCAGCUGGAGAAGGACGAGAUGCAGGGCAUGGACUCUGAGCUGCGACGCUCUGAGGAGGACGAGGAGAAGGAGGAGGACAUCGAGGUGCCCAAGGCCAUGGGGGACAUCUUUGAGUCUCUGGCUGGAGCCAUUUACAUGGACAGCAGGAUGUCCCUGGAGACGGUGUGGCAGGUCUAUUAUCCAAUGAUGAGGCCUCUCAUUGAGAAAUUUUCUGCCAACGUUCCUCGCUCUCCUGUCCGGGAACUCCUGGAGAUGGAACCAGAAACUGCCAAAUUUAGCCCUGCAGAGCGUACCUACGACGGGAAGGUGCGUGUGACGGUGGAGGUAGUCGGGAAGGGAAAGUUCAAAGGAGUCGGCCGCAGCUACCGGAUCGCCAAGUCGGCGGCUGCCCGCCGAGCUCUGCGCAGCCUCAAAGCCAAUCAACCUCAGGUCCAAACCAACUGAGCUGCCAGCAGCUCCCAGCAUUAGCACCUAGCAGAGAGGACAGAGCGGCGGUCCCCGGAACGCCGCGUGGAGACGCCACAGCAGAACACUCUGAGCUCACAUCCUGCUUAUUUUACCUUUUCCUUUGCGCAGAUACAAUCUUUGUUUGUGCUUCGUGUGACCACGAGUGCUUUAUCGUCCCAGCUGAAGAGGUCAGGUGUGCUGCUGUGUUCGUUAGACGAACCUCUUGCUCAAUCUUAGAAAAAGCUCCGGGCCCGGUGGAAGUGAAAUGGGUCCGAUACCACUGCAGUUUCCCGGCUCUCUCUCUCUCUCUACACCUCCAGCCGGUUUCUUCAUCAGUUUGCACUUAUUCCAUCAGUUUUCCGAACAAUCUGUCACUCUGACGCCAAAACCCCCCUCGUAGCAAAGCGAGUGAACAUGAACUCAUGAUUAUGAUGAAAAUGAUGUGGCCUCUGACCCUGAGGCCGGCCCUCAUAUCCUGAGUUAGGAGACCCAACAUUCCCAGUUACUGUAGAUGUUCCCAUGUUGUUGUGGCUCCAGUGGAAACAUGCAGACGGCUCAGCGACAGGCGAAGAGCUGUCCGCCUCUGCCGGAUGUACCAAAGCUGAAUCAACAUGUGACGAUGAUCCGAGGCUGAAUUAUUCCUGAGGAAACCAGCUUUGGAUUUUAUUUCCUUCUGAUUAAUGUUGCUUCCUGCUAAAUGUGGUCGAUAAGCCUUGUUUUUUGUUUUUGUUUAUUUUUUUUUCACGUGAAUACCUCAGUUAACUGCAUGCAUCUCUUGUCUCUUUUCUGUUUGGUGCUAUGUUUUUGUAUUAAGCUUGAACUUCUCAUCUUUUUGCACUGUAACUACAAUACCUCUUUAUUUGACCUUUUGUCGACCUGUCGCCAUGUGGCCCUGUCCCGUCUUGCUCAGCGGGAAAGGGGCGGGGCCAGUUAGCUGUUGUUGGAUCCGUGCGGAUGCAUCAGUGUCGCUGCAGAGGGGAUCAUCAGGCUGCACUCUUAAGAUCCGUGUGGUUUCUACCUCAGCUCCGUGACACCGACAUCCACGCUCGCUGCAGCCGCGUUUCUCAGUGCCUUUCCCACGGGGGACAUCCUCCACUCAUCAAAACGUCACUGAACGGGUCUUUACCUUGAAGCUUGACAAAUGCAUGGGCUGUACAGUGUACCAGCAUUCAACACACUGAAGAGGGAGGGUUACAAACUUGAAUAUAAUCCGCAAAAAAAAAAAAGGCUUAACAGAUGAGAACAAAUCGUCUGAGCGAGUCGUGAUGCAGCAGGAAACUGGUUUCCAGGUUUUGGUUAAUCGGUUAACAAGAUCUGAUGUUCUUAACUUAAAGCAGCCGAGUUGGCGAAAAUAUUUUUGCAGAUUUUAGCUGAUAUUCUAUUCUAGAUUUACAUUUUUUUGGUUGUUUUUAUUUUAAACCAAUAAGUAUAAUGUAUUUGUACCCUGAUUAAAAUAUUGUGGCCUUACAUAAAAAGAUGCCACUUUAGCAUAGGUUUGUUAUGAAACCAUUUUUAAAAAACGCUAAGAUGACGGCUUCCGAUUCCUGAUCUAUAUGACCCUGUUCGUUUAGAACCUGCAGAACUUCUGUUCCACUGUAUUGCUCCUCUCCUUGUUUUUUUAUUUUUAUUUUCAUGUAGAGCCGCAGGUUGCUGUAAAUCCAGAGUUGCUCAUCUUGCGGUAACCUAGCCCGCUCUGCAGCUCCAGCACCUUCGCUCGGCAUGACUCGCUGCACCGCACCUGUCGAGUGUCUGCCUGUUUGUUUUGGUCCCACCGAGUGCAGCCUGUGGUCGCCUCUCGGAUCCGACAUCCUGGGUCCGCGGUGAACUCUGUGAGAGUGAAACGUUUCUGUCGGACUCUGCAUCCUCCUCCUCCAGGCUCUCGUUGUUUCUUUUUUUUUUCUUUGAUAAACAUGUAGCACAAAGAGCAUUGCACUUGGCGCCAUAUUUUUACCUCAUGUCAGAGUGGAAGGGAGCCGGUCAAGGAGUCUGGACCGCCGGCGUUACACAGAACGUUCCCGCAGGUCGCCACCUGAUCCUACACUGAAAGAAGCUUACCUGCUGCCUUCCAUUAAUCCAACCACAGAGAACUGCUGCGAGUUCAUGUCGGGCCUGGUUCUGUUUGGAUCUCUGACCUCCUGCUGACAGCAGCCUAAAGGAAAACCCACUCUGCGCUGACCUGAUGAUCCGCUCACUGAUAAACGCCCAGCUGAUACCUUUCUGUUAGAUCUGCGAUUAUGAAACUCGUUCUGCGAUCAGAGGUUUACCUGAGAGGAAACUUUCAGCCCAUUUUUACGCAAGUCGUUGAUCAUGUUUGACUGACCGAGCCUCUGUGAUGAUGGAUGUUUGUGUGCAUUUAGUUGUCAGUUUUGCCUCAAAUGCCACAAACCGUUCCAGCUGAUUUCAGGAAGGCUGAUUCUUCCUCCUCCUUUUUUCCCGACGAAUCAUUGAUCCGUUUAUGCUCCAGCUGGUUAAGCUGAGUCGUUUCUUACCAUCUGUGAACGGUUUCUCUCAAGCUUUAAUGUUGAAGCUGCCAUCUGUUUGGGAAUGGAGGUUUUAGGAUCCUCUGAAUCUAGUUUCUAUUUGAUUUAAAUGGAUUUGGUGGUUGUAUCUGCUCCUGCAGACCCUGAAUGUCUUUAUCCAGCACUGCUCUAAGUUCCAGCACUGUCUCGGAGAGCUGCCCUCCUCCCUAUUAGUAAACCCUUGACCUCCAUCACUGAGAAAAAUCAAAUCCGUUUUCAGUUUAACAUAAGAAGAAGACAGACGGAAAUGGUUCAGAUGUUUUUAUUCAUACAGAAAUGCUGGUGCAGCCAUUCUGGUUCUGCUUUUCUGGACGAAGUGUUCAUAAAGCUCCAGCUUCUAUUGAAAGAAAAUGGUUAGACAGUAUUAAAGGUAGAAGCUAAGCAUCUGAGCCAUCUGUGUUUGUCUUCAAUCUCUCAUGGUGAAUCUGACAGAUCAGUCUGAGGUACAUUUAGAGAGAUGUUCAGUGCCUGAGCUCCAGCAGAGGGCAGCAGUGGACUGUGAUGUGCAGCAGAGCAACCUCCAACCCAAGCAGAGGGAACUGAUCGGUUUAGUUUGGGUUUUUAUCUCCAGUUCUAGAUGCAGAGGCUGAUCUUAGGUGAAGCUGCAGCCCGGUUUGUAAUGUAGCUGAUCCUGGGUCAGCGUGGGGAACGUCGGGAACAUUAAUGUAACAUUAAGCUGCAGUGGUGUACAGUCUGCACCUUAUGGAUCACAGAGACCUUUGCUAUGUUUUUUUUUUCCUUUGGAUGUUUGUUUGUGUAGCUCUGUAUAUCUCCAAUAAAGUCCUGAUCAUCAGCUCA